GAACUCCAAGUUUCCAACUCCUCCCUUCCUACCCGCCGCUCCUCUCCCUUCCAGGCUCUAGCCUCUGACUUGACUCACCUUCCACUCUUCUGCCCUCCGCCGGUCGUCGGCUCAUCUCCGACUCGCCUGCAACUCCAAGACCAAAAGCCUGCGUCGCCGCGACAGCCCAAGUGGACAGGCCCGUCACCCGACUCACCCCUUCCGCGACUCGCCUGCCCUCUGCCACUCCGGUCCGCGUCGCCAACAGCCCAGACUCGGCCUCCGGCAGCAGCCCCCUGCUCGGCUUCCAGUUUCCAGCGGCCCCCUUUCGGCUUCCAGUUUCCAGCUUCUAUUUGUGUUGAUAUGAGAAAGGUUAGAUUUGGAUAUGAAGAUUGAGAAUCAUAGAUUGUUAGUCUUCUACGACUAUCUUAUAUGGAGCUUAAUUUGAUUGUCUAUCAAUGGCUAAUUGAAUUUGCGUAUGAUGUGAUUGUGCAUUUGGAAAAUAGACUUCUUAAUAAUUAAGGAGAUGUAAACAGAUUUCGUAUACCCUUCAGAAAAAAAAUGCAUCGUCGGUACCGAACCGAAACCGACGGUUUUACCGGUUUGGUUUUGGUUCGGUUUGGCACCCCCAAUUGGUGCGGUUCGAUUCCAAUUUUUACCAUCGGUUCGGUGUUCGGUUUUGGAUUUUUGGUUCGGUUUUGCACCGAACCGAUGUCUGGCCGCUUGUCAGCCCAUACUACGUCGUUUAGGCAGUGCAGAAAACUGGGAUAAGGGUUUGGAAUUAAACGAUUCCACUCUCAAAACGACGAACCGCGAAGCACACCACGGCUGAGUAGGGCCUCUCUCUCUCGCUGUAGUAGAGGAGGGACUCGGAUCUUGAGAACCUAAUGGCAGCGGCUCUCCUCUCAACCCCUACCCUCAAAACCUCUUUCCUUGGCCGUCGUCUUCACAGUUCAAUUCGAGGCGAUUCGAGAAGAAGUAACCCGGGCUAUGUGGGAUUUAUCUCCCCAAAAUGUGCAGUGGAUACGCCUUAUGAAGGUAGCAUUUCAAAAUUCCCUAGGUUAAAUGUGUGGGAUCCUUAUAAGCGGCUGGGGGUUAGUACUGAUGCUUCGGAAGAAGAAGUUUGGAGUGCUCGGAACUUUUUGUUGGACCAAUAUGCCAAUCAUGAAAGAAGUGCUGAAUCAAUAGAAGCUGCUUUUGAGAAAUUACUGAUGACCAGCUACAAGAACAGGAAGAAGAUGAAGAUCAACUUGAAAAGCAGGCUAAAGAAGAAAGUUGAGGAAUCUCCACCAUGGGUGAAGAACUUACUCAGCUUUGUUGAGAUUCCUCCCCCUGUGAUCAUUUUGAGACGGUUGUUCCUGUUUUCUUUCAUGGCAUGCUGGAGCGUGAUGAACUCUGCUGAAGCGGGGCCUGCUUUCCAGGUGGCAUUAUCUCUUGGAGCUUGCAUUUACUUCCUCAAUGACAAGAACAAAAGCUUGCCUAGAGCUGCCAUUAUUGGAUUCGGAGCUCUUGUGGCUGGCUGGUUUUGUGGGUCUAUGACGGUUCCACUCGUUCCUUCAUUUUUGUUGCAGCCGACUUGGACUCUUGAGCUUCUUACGUCCUUGGUAGUAUAUGUAUUCUUGUUCCUUGCCUGUAGUUUCCUCAAGUGAAACCUAUACGACACUUUUUACAAGUUACUAAGGAUUGUUGAGAACUUGAUUUUGAUUGGUAGAUGAUUCAAUGCAUUUUUCUGCAUAAUCA